AUGGUUGUAGAGGAGGUUAAGUUUAUUGGUUCCGUCAUGGUGAAAAUGGUUGCAUACUAUCAAAACCGACUAGGCGAAACAUUACGUGCACGAUCUAAGCUAAGAAAGUCGCGGUUGUGUAGAAAUCACGAAGCCGGACACGAUCGCCUUAUAGAAGAUUAUUUUGUAGAUGACGUCAUCUACGCUGUAAAGUUUCGACGUCGGUUUCGGAUGAGGAAGGAACUAUUCUUACGUAUUGUUGGCGAUUUGGAAGACCGCUUUCCAUAUUUCCAAUGGAAAAUGGAUGCAAGGCGGGUAAAAGGUUUCUUUCCCGUUCAAAAAUGCACGGCUGCAAUUCGUCAGCUAGCAUACGACAUGGGCGCAGAUAAAUGA